AUGCUUCCCACUCGUAUGCUCCGCAUGGCGCCCACACGGGCUUUCUUCUCCCCUGCCCCUAAGCAGGCUCACAGCGCCCACACCAUCUCCCAGCGUCUGCGCCAACUGAAGCAGAUUCCCCCGGAGUUGCUCCCUCUCGGAUUCGUCUUGCUUGUUGCCGUUUCUGCCGCCGGUUACUCCGGCGUCCGCAAGUUCAUGACGGACAAGACCCUGCGUAUCUACCGCAACAGCCCCGAGAGCCGCGAGGAGCACUAA